AGUUGUUGUUUUUGUUGUUGCGUGUGGUUUUCUUUUUUUGAUUGGUUAUUGGGUAUUUGGAAGUGAAUUCUGGGUUUUCUAUCUGUUGAGUUUUUGUGUUAGUUUAUUUGUUGCGUUGGUGUUAUUUGAAUUGUGUAUUGAAACAGUUAAUGAAGUGAAACUGAGAUGCCUAGGAAUUGAUGCCUUGUUGUGUGGGUGGUACUCGUUGAAUUUUGUUGACUUCAGUAAGGUCUGCUAGACAGGUUAUUGAUGCAUUGAAUGCUGAGGGACCUGAAAUUGAUAUCAUACUGGCUGAAGUUGACCUCCCAAUGACCAAGGGAAUGAAGAUGUUAAAGUAUAUUAUGCGGGAUAAGGAUCUGCGCCGUAUUCCUGUUAUUAUGAUGUCGGCCCAGGAUGAGGUCUCUAUUGUUGUUAAGUGCUUGAGGCUUGGUGCUGCUGACUAUCUUGUCAAGCCUUUACGCACCAAUGAAUUGUUGAACUUGUGGACACACAUGUGGAGAAGACGGCGCAUGCUUGGUCUGGCAGAAAAGAACAUCUUGAACUAUGAUUUUGAUCUAGUGGCAUCAGACCCUAGUGAUGCUAAUACAAACAGUACUACUUUGUUAUCGGAUGACACAGAUGACAAGUCCCGGAAGAGCACCAAUCCAGAGAUCGGAGUUUCAACUCAUCAGGAAGACGAAUAUGUUGCUGCUGUUGUAGAGCCUCCUCAGACUGAAACAUCAGAAUGUCGUCCUGAUGUUCCAGGAAUAAGUGACCGCAGAACAGGGCAAUUUUCAUCUGGUCCAAAGAAGAGUGAGCUAAAGAUUGGUGAGUCGUCAGCCUUUUUUACUUAUGUGAAGUCAAAUGCAGUCAAAACCAGUACUCAAGUAGUCACCCCUCAUGACGAAAAUGCUGCUCAAAAUAAGAUCAUUGAAGAGAAUCUUCAGCAAUCUGGUCAACAAGUGGUUAACGAUGUCCAAGUACAUGAGAAUGGAGAAGCAUGGGAAAACUGUUCACAAGGAGAUGUCUUUCCCAGCAGCAGCAGUAUACCAGAUUCACUUUCCUUGGAGAGGUCCUCUACUCCUCCUGUGUCUAUGGAGUUCUCACAACAAAGGAAUUUUAAGGAAGAGAAGCUUUCUCAGGUGCUUGUGCCCCCAAGAAAUGAACCUCAACAUGAUUUAUCAGGUUUACCUACACAAACUGCUUACCCAUACUAUAUGCCAGGAGUUGUAAAUCAAGUUAUGAUGCAGCCAUCAGGCCAGUUGUUUCAGAAUAACCUUCAUGACCUUCAAAAUCAUGCCGCUUCUUCUGUGCUACCUCAAUACAGUCAUCUUCAACAAUGUCUUUCACAUCCUCAUGUAAGUGGGAUGGCAUCAUUUCCAUACUACCCAGUUAAUAUGUGUGUACAACCUGGUCAGAUGCCAACUGGUCACUCAUGGCCAUCAUUUGGAAAUUCCUCUACCAGUGAAGUGAAAUUAAGUAAGGUUGACAGAAGAGAGGCAGCAUUAAUCAAAUUUAGGCAGAAAAGGAAGGAGCGCUGUUUUGAUAAGAAGAUUAGGUAUGUUAAUCGAAAAAGGCUAGCUGAAAGGAGGCCUCGUGUGAGGGGACAAUUUGUCAGGAAGGUAAAUGGUGUAACGGUAGAUCUUAAUGGGCAACCUGCUUCUGCUGAUUAUGAUGAGGAUGAAGAGGAGGAGGAGCAGGCAUCAAGGGAUUCUUCUCCUGAAGAUGAUACGUCAGGAUGUUGAUGUCAAGUUUGUACAUUUUGAGGAUCUUUUAGUUUAUGUUUCCCUCUGCCUGUUUCCUCUGGAAGGAUGAGAAUGAGUGACACAGUGUUCCAUUGAAGAAGUCUAAACAUCAGUGUAUUGAUUGAAGAGCGCAGAUCACAGAUCAGAACAAAUGUGCAUCCCCAAAUAUCAAUCAGGUGAAAGCAGCUGGAUUAAGUUAUUGCAAAGUGCUUCCAUCAGGAUGCCUAAAUUGCCUGGUUCACCUUAUUGAGGUAAGCAUCAGCUCAAGGAACUAAUAUAAGGAAGCAAUUGAUGGAGCCAGUUCCCCUGUCGACUGCAUGUCAGUGGAGAUAGCACUUGGUGUUGUAUUGUUUUCAUGGUUCAAGUGUUAAAAAAAGGUUCCAAUUCCAAAGGCUUUUCCAGUUUUUGAGAAGUGAAACUUUCUAAAAUUGUUCUCAAAGGAGAAUGCAAUCUUGUAGGAGUUUUUCAAGGAAAUGCGAAGCUUGUAGGCUUUUCCACUUCUACAUAUUUGUUUCUAUUAUUAACUUGUGGCCCCAUUUGUCAACUAAAUGAAUCAGUGAACGGAUUUUCAGGACCAUGUGCCGUUUGAUUA